AUGCUGCAUUUCUCUCGUUCUGCGGCCACGACGCUCCUUCUGCUUCUGUCACUCAUUGCUCCAUAUCCCGCCUACGCUGUCGUCCCCGAACUGAGCGCUCUGCCCACGCGUAGGAGCAUACUUUCGAUAUGCGAAGAGAUCUCUAACGCCAUUACAUCGGCUUCCGAGGUCUAUUGGCCGUUGGAAUUGUAUUACACCGAAGACAAUUAUCACUGGGCGUCGUCGAGCUCACAGAUAGCAACAUGCUCGGUCGAGCCAGGUACUCCUGAGGAUGUCGGCACCGUCCUGCAAAUCCUAGCGGCCACAAACACUUCCUUCGGGAUAAAGGGCGGAGGGCAUAUCGCGAAUCCUGGCUUUUCCUCCACGACUGGUGUCCAGAUUGCGAUGUCACGUUUUGAUGGCGUGACAUACAACUCGGACUCGCAGACGGUCGACAUUGGUGCGGGCCUCAUUUGGGACGAUGUGUACCAGGCACUCGAGCCAUAUGGCGUGAACGUCGUUGGUGGACGCGUGACUGGUGUCGGAGUAGGGGGCUUCAUCCUGGGUGGAGGAUAUUCGUUCCUCUCAAACCAGCAUGGCUUGACCGUUGAUACGGUCGUCUCUUAUGAGCUGGUUCUUCCGAAUGGGACGGUGACGAGUGUCACAAAUGCUUCGAAUCCGGAUCUCUUCUGGGCUUUGAAGGGAGGAUUCAACAACUUCGGCAUCGUCACUCAAUUUACUUUGGAGGCCUUCACGCAGGGUGAAGUCUGGGGUGGUACGAUCAUCUCUCUGGGGGAAACGGACCAGGCGAAGACUGCGACGGCCAACUUUUAUGCGAACGUCACUGACCCCAAGGCUGCGCUGCUCACAACGUUCAACUGGGAUCUCGGAUUACUCAAAGCGGUACCGUGCAUCUCCAUGCUGCAGACGAUCGUCGAGAUCAACCUAUUCUACGAUGGACCAUCGCCACCUGAUGGAAUUUUCGAUGAGUUCUUGGCCAUACCUUACGUCGAACAGGACGUCAGCACGCGUUCUUUCCUCUCGCUCGUACUCACAGCGCCAAGCAACGACACGUCUACCCUACGUGGAUACUUCGACACCGUAUCGACAUAUGAAUUGACACCAGGGCUGCUCGAUGCCGUCGUCAAUGAAACAGAGUUCUGGUCGGAUCAAUUGGCGCUUGAAGUCCCGGGACUGUUCAUCAGCUACGAUAUCGAGCCCUUCCUGUCAAGCGUCUUCUCGCAUGGCUCCGACUCCGCUUGGCCACCCAGCCGCGCGCAGGGUCUCCUCCCGAUGAAUAUCUACUACGCAUGGCUGGAUGAAGCAUCGGACGGGCUGAUACACCAGGUCAUGGAAGAGAGCGCGAGCUACCUCACCCAGGUUGCUGUGGACGAGGGCCAGGACGUCGCCGAUGCUGCUCUCUAUCCGAAUUACGCCAUCUACGAUACGCCCACGUCGAGGAUGUAUGGCGACAACAUAGCUGCAUUGCAAAUUAUCAAGAAGCAGUACGACCCAAACAAUGUCAUGGGCCUUGCGGGUGGCUGGAAGUUCUGA